CUCCAGAUAACCUUAGGAACCAAGUCUUCAGAGGUGCUUAACACACUUGACAUAUAUUUUCGAAAAUCACUCUGAAUACAGCUAAUUAAUGUUUUAAAAAGGUAAUUUUGACAAAGCCUCUAGUUGACGAGAGCUCUCAAAUGGUUUCUAUUACAUAUUUAUCUUAAGGCAUGUUGUAGUCAGAUUCUUACCUAUUCUUCCCAUUUGGUGUUUUACUUGCAACUAAUUAUGGUAUUUGAAUCCUUCCACACAAAUUUUUUAUUGUUAAACUGAAGCAAACGUAGACGUUCGGAUAAAAUAUGGUAUCUGAAGCAUACUUCAACGCCCCCUUGUAUUACACUGACAUGGAAAGUAGAAAAUGUCUUGGCUAUGUAUUUGGGCAAUGGAUUAUAGUAUUGUAGAUUUAUGAAGCAAAGUAAAAGGAGGAAUGGGAAUGGGUCUCCGAAGAAGGUAACGGAUGGUUUGAAGAGCCCUGCCUUUUUCUUAUAAGAAGUGUUACGUAAAUUGGAGAAAACUCAAAGAGGAACAAGUUUGGAGGGAUAGAGAGAGAAAGAAAAUGAAGUUCCAGGAGGGUGUGUUCUUGGUGGCUAUUUUCUUCUUCCUUGGAUAUACGCAGCUGGUGAAGGGGCAACAUCAACCUCGCCACGAUUGCCAAACUAGAUGUGGCAACCUCACAAUUGAUUACCCUUUUGGUAUUUCUACAGGUUGUUACUAUCCGGGAGAUGAUAGUUUCAAUAUCAACUGUGAGGAAGAUAAACCAAAUGUCUUACGCAAUAUUGAAGUGAGAGACUUUAAUCACAGCGGCCAGCUACGCGUUAUGCUUAAUCGAUCUACUGUUUGCUACGACGAAGAAAGAAAUAAUGAAUUCAAUGCUUACCAGUAUAAGCUGGAUAAUUUAUCUCUCUCCCCCAACAACAAGUUUACUUUAGUAGGCUGUAACGCUUGGGCACUUCUGAGUACUUUUGGAAUACAAAACUACUCAACUGGAUGCAUGUCAUUAUGCGAUUCUCCCCCGCCGCCAAAUAGCAAAUGUAAUGGUGUUGGUUGUUGUAGAACUGACGUCUCUAUCCCGUUGGAUAGCAAUAGAGUUGUAACUAGACCAUCUCGCUUCGAAAACAUGAGUUCCGUGGAGCACUUUAAUCCUUGCAGCUACGCCUUUCUCGUUGAAGAUGGUAUGUUUAACUUCAGUGCUUUAGAAGAUCUUAAGAAUCUGAGGAAUGUCAAGCAGUUCCCUGUGGUACUAGAUUGGUCUAUCGGAAACCAGACAUGUGAGCAAGUUGUAGGCAGAAAUAUAUGUGGUGGGAACAGCAGAUGUUUUAAUUCUAGUCGUGGAAAGGGUUAUAACUGCAAAUGUUUAGAUGGUUUUGAUGGGAAUCCAUACCUUUCAGAUUCAGACGGCCGCUGCAAAGACAUCAAUCAGUGUACUAGUGGUAAACAUAACUGUUCAGAUCCCGACACAUGUAGAAACAAGGUUGGAGGCUUCUAUUGUAAGUGCCCAUUUGGUUACAAAUUAAUUGCAACAACAGAGUCCACUAUGCGCUGCAAGAGGCCUGAAUAUAUCAUAUGGACUCAAAUAUUUCUCGGAACCACCAUCGGCUUCCUGGCCAUCCUGCUUGGGGUUAGAUGUAUACAAAAAAGAAAGAAGCACGGGAAGGAAACUGAGGUACGACAAAAAUUCUUCGAGCAAAAUGGCGGCGGCAUGUUGAUGCAGCGACUCUCAGGAGCAGGGCCAUCAAAUGUUGAUGUCAAAAUCUUCACUGAGGAAGGAAUGAAGGAAGCAACUAAUGGUUAUGACGAGAGCAGAAUCCUGGGUCAAGGAGGCCAAGGAACUGUCUACAAAGGAAUAUUACCGGACAACUCCAUAGUUGCUAUCAAAAAAGCUCGGCUCGGAGACAAUAGCCAAGUAGAGCAGUUCAUCAACGAAGUGCUUGUGCUUUCACAAAUCAACCAUAGGAACGUGGUCAAGCUCUUGGGCUGCUGUUUAGAGACUGAAGUUCCCUUGUUGGUCUAUGAGUUCAUUGCUAGUGGCACUCUUUACGAUCACUUGCACGGUUCUAUGUUUGAUUCUUCGCUUACAUGGGAACACCGUCUGAGGAUAGCCAUAGAAAUUGCUGGAACUCUUGCGUAUCUUCACUCAUCUGCUUCUAUUCCAAUCAUCCACCGAGAUGUCAAGACUGCUAAUAUUCUCCUGGAUGAAAACUUAACGGCCAAAGUAGCUGACUUUGGUGCUUCAAGGCUGAUACCAAUGGAUAAAGAAGAGCUCGCAACUAUGGUGCAAGGCACUCUCGGCUACUUAGACCCAGAAUACUACAACACAGGGUUGCUAAAUGAAAAGAGCGAUGUUUAUAGCUUUGGGGUAGUCCUAAUGGAACUGCUCUCAGGUCAAAAGGCAUUGUGCUUUGAAAGGCCUCAAACCUCAAAACAUCUGGUGAGUUAUUUUGCCUCGGCCACGAAAGAGAAUAGGUUGCAUGAGAUUAUUUAUUGCCACGUGAUGAAAGAGGAUAAUCAGAGGGCGAUGCAGAAAGCUGCAAGAAUUGCUGUUGAGUGUACAAGAUUGACGGGAGAAGAAAGGCCAGGGAUGAAGGAAGUAGCUGCAGAGCUAGAGGCCCUAAGAGUCACAAAAACCAAACAUAAGUGGUCAGAUGAUCAGUAUCCUAAAGCAAUGGAUACUGAGCACUUGGUUGGUAUUCAAAACUUAUCAGCACAAGGCGAAACCAGUAGCAGCAUUGGCUAUGACAGCAUCAGGAAGGUAGCAAUAUUGGACAUUGAAGCUGGCCGCUGAUA